GUUUUUAUCCCAUUCAACCUUUUAUCACGCUUUAAUAAUAAUCACCCCUUCUUUAUAUAAUCACCAAUACUCUCACGGUCUCUAUCGUCACAAUGAACUACAAGACUCUGUCGCUUCUUCUCCUCUCGGCCGCCUCUGCGCUGGCUGCGCCUGAACUUCAGAAGAGGGACACCACCGAUGCUAGUGGUGCCGCUGCCACUGAAGCCGCUGACAUUAGCAUCCCUGUUCCCCCCUCCUCCAUCCUCGAUGUCCUGGAGACCGCCAUUCCCGCCUCCGUGAUUGCAGAGCUUGACAACUCCUCCGGUAUUGCGGCUUUGGCGAGCGAGGUCGCCGAUGGAUCCGUACCUGGCUGGUACCAGAGCCUUCCGGCCGAUGUGAAGAGCUAUCUGACCAGCAUGUACGAGGAGAUUGAGGCCGACUCUGCAUCCGCGGGUGCCACCUCUACUGGCGGUGCUCCUGCUGCCACCGGUGCCGUUGCUCUCGGCCUUGCCGGUGCCGCUGGUAUCCUUGGACUUGCCAUUGCUCUGUAA